GCGGAGAAAGGGCGGGACAUCUUCAAGCUGAGCCGCGAUCGGCCGUCGACGGACGAGGCCGCGGCGGCGGUGGGCGAUGCGUCCUGCGGAGCCAUUUCUCUCUUCGUAGGGACCACGCGCGAGGACCAUUCUGAACAUGGGAAGGUGAUCGGUUUGGAGUACGAGGCAUACGAGCCCAUGGUCCUGUCUGAGCUCGCCAGGCUGUGUCGUGAUGUCAGAGACCGCUGGCCCGACGUGGCGCGCGUGUACGUGCACCACCGACUCGGGUGGGUAGGAGUGGGUGAGGCCAGCGUUGUGGCGGCCGUCUCGUCGCCUCACCGCCACGAGGGUCAGCGUGCCCUGGCUCACCUAGUGGACGGCUUAAAGGCCAGCGUCCCCGUCUGGAAGAAGGAGGUGUACGAGGGCCGCGGGACAGCCUGGAAGGAGAACGCUGAGUGCGCCUGGGCCCGUUGCCGUGGAAACGACUGCACGCAAAAAGAACCGUCGCUCCAAUAA